UGUUGGGCUGCGUCGUAUCAUUUUCCUGUGAAAAAGUUCAAGGCACUUUUUGUUGAAACGCGAAGGAAGCUUACACGACGAUCGGUGGUCAAGGGAUGUGUAGAUCGCGCUAAAAAGCCACACAGUCUCCGAUCCUCAACUCUACGCUGCUCUUCUCUUAAGGCACCAACAUUGUAUGAAGGCAUCCCUGAGUCUUAGGCUAAGAUGGCGGAUUACAACGAAUAGAUAACUGGCCAGUAAUAAUUCCAAAAUAAAUAGAACUGCUACGAAUUGAUUAAUUGCUAGGCAACUCAUUUUCGGAGAAAUGACAUUUUUUAGAUGAUAUUUUCUACGAAUCGUUCACAGAUUCGCACCGUUUAAAGAACUAGCGUGAAAAUGAGGGUACAACAAGGGAUUUGGCCGCCGUAAACACGCUUCCGAUCGAGUGCUACAAUUUUCGUUAAUUUUGCUACGGCGGCAAGCACUCCCCCUUAGUACAUUGUAAAUAAUUGUAAAUUAAACACCAGGCAACGAAGUGCCAGCACGAAAGGAUGCUUUACUUGGAAGAUUAUGUCGAAAUGAUCGAGCACCUACCACAAGAAUUAAGAGACCGGUUUACGGAAAUGAGAGAAAUGGACUUAGGUGUACAAAAUUCAAUGGAUAGUUUAGAAAAAAAAGUAAAAACUUUCUUCUCAAAUGCAAAGAAAAUGAAACCUAGCGAAAAAGAAGCAGAAUACGAAGCCAUUAGAAGAGAAUAUUAUAAGACAUUGGAAGAUGCGGAUGAGAAGGUGCACUUAGCUAAUCAGAUGUACGACUUAGUAGAUAGAUAUUUAAGAAGAUUAGACCAGGAACUGCACAAAUUUAAAAUGGAGCUAGAAGCAGAUAAUAAAGGUAUCACGGAAAUAUUGGAAAAGAGAUCAUUGGAGUUAGAUCAACCACCCACGAAUAGUAGUCAAAAAGAGAAUCGGUAUAGUUUCACAGCAACCACUAGAUCACGAGACAAUCAUAGUCAUUCUCGGGCAGAGAAAAGAAGAGAUUCAAAUGCAUCCUCAACUUCGAUAGAAAAACGUUUAGCUAUAGAAAAAAUUUCACCGAGUGUUCCUGAGUCGCGACCAGCUUCUACAAAUUCAGGACCAAUCAUUGCCGCCACGAGCGUGCCAUCCACUCCUACUUCAAUUGCGAAUUCUGUUGGCUCUGUAAGUUAUAAUCUUGGUCACAUUGGAGCUGGUGGAAAUGCCAUAGCAGCUGCAGCAUCCCAAGCAAUUGCUGCGACACAGCAAAUGCAACAGGGCCGACGUACUGCCAGUUUAAAAGCUAGUUAUGAAGCUAUCAAUACUGGUGGUGUACACGCGGCCGAAUUCAGUAGAGAAUUAGCUGGCGCUGCUCAAACCGCUAUUGCAGCUAUACAAGAAUCAAAUAAAAAGCAUAAAAAGAAAGUCGCAAACGCGGUUCCAAGUUCGAGUGUAGUUGCUGCGUCCGUUCAGCAACCAGUAUCGCCGCCAGUUAUAACUUCAAAUACACAAGUAGUGGAUUCGGAUAAUCCAGAUUGGACGUACGAUCCAAACGAACCAAGAUAUUGUAUAUGCAACCAAGUAUCUUAUGGUGAUAUGGUCGCAUGUGACAAUUCCGAUUGUCCAUUUGAAUGGUUUCACUAUCCAUGUGUAGGUAUCACUGCACCGCCAAAAGGCAAGUGGUACUGUCCUCAAUGUACAUCUUCUAUGAAGAGACGCGGAGGUCGGAAAAACUGAUUAUAUUCUAAUCAGCGCGAGUGUAACGAGAAAAAAUUGCUACUACCUCUUAGGCACUAUCCGUCAAGUACCAACUUAGUUAGGAAGCUGUUAAUUCUGAUUUUAUAUGACUUUUUAAAUGUGUUUAAAGUUUAAGUCGUACUCUUAUCUGGUCUUGGUCUUGUCUUAUAUUCGAAUUUCUGUUUCUAAAGCAGAAGAGAGCAGUUUUUUUUACUGCAUUUUGUAGAUAAAAAGAAACGGGAAAAAGGUGAAAAAAUGGUGCAAAAGACAGUGAGCUUUGAACAAAUUCCGUUUUAAGGUGUUUCGCGUAACGAAUACUGUAAAUAUUUUUAUAUUGUUUGCACCAUUCUGUACUAUGACCACGUUAGAUAGUUUCUACGAAUUUACAUUGGAAGGUAAUCUUUUCCUCUGGAUAUGAUACAAUCAACUGACUGAUGCCGUGGACAAAGCUCCUCUGUGAAUUUCCAAAUUUUUUGUUUAUCGUUUACACGACGUCAAGACAACUAUCGAACAAUCUUCGUGUAUAUUACGUACUCCUGUUAGUUCAGACAUGCUUAGUGUCUCAAUGGAUUGACGACAGUUCGAGCAAUAACGUUUUAAGUGUUCUACGCUUUCAAGAACGAGAAAAAAUAAAAGAGGAAAAAAAGCUGAUGCAAACAAAUCGUGAAAAUAAUACUUUCGAAACGGAAUAAUGUAGCAUCUCGGUGUAUAAAUAAAGUGAUCGAUGCAGAUUUA